UUAAAGCAGUAAACAAAAUAUUUACAAAAAUUCCUUAACUUACCCCAUUCAACACUGAUAGCAGCUGCUGAAACGCCUGAGAACCCCUGGUUCAGAAAUUAUCUCGAGGUUAUUUCCCCACUCUUCAAAUCAAGCGACAAGUACAGAAUGGUGUCCUUGAUUCGAAGAUCAACAUCAACUUUAUACCUGGCAAAACGAUUGCUCCAGGUUGAACAAAAGCUGACCAACUCAGAUAAGAUUUAUUCGAAACAUCUCACGUUAUCAAUGUCUUCUACUUCAGAAUCUGCUGCAGCAAAUAAACAGCCAAAAGUCUUUGUUACUCGACCAGAUGUACCGACUGUCGGGUUAGAACUACUUAGAAAAAAAUGCAAUCUGGUUAUUUGGGAUAAACCUGGACCCAUUCCACGGAACAUGUUGAUGGAAAAAAUUGCUGGAGUAGAUGGAGUCUUCUGUACCCUUGUAGAUAAAAUAGAUGAAGAAAUCCUUAUUGCUGCUGGUACUCAGCUCAAAGUGGUCGCUACAAUGUCAGUUGGGUUUGACCACUUAGACCUAAAGGCUUUGAAGGAGCGAAAUAUCAAAGUUGGAUAUACUCCUGGUAUAUUAACCGAUGCCACCGCCGAACUGACAGUCGCUUUAUUAUUGGCAACUUCGAGAAGACUCUUGGAGGCAAAUAAAGCCAUAUCGAGAGGGGAAUGGACUUCUUGGGCUCCAACUUGGAUGUGUGGACCAGGAUUGAGUAAUGCUAUUGUGGGUAUAGUUGGGCUUGGCCGCAUUGGAGCUCAGGUGGCAAAAUGCUUGAAGAGUUUCAACGUAGCCAAAAUUCUGUACACCAGUAGAACCGAAAAGAAGGAAGCAGCAGAAUUUGGUGGGCUCAAAGUUUCAAUAGACGAUCUGGUCGCACAAAGCGACUUUGUGAUAGUCACAUGCGCCCUCACACCUGAGACAAGUGGGUUAUUCAAUAAAAACAUGUUCGAGAAAAUGAAGAGAACCGCUAUCUUUGUCAAUACCAGUCGAGGACCGAUCGUAGAUCAACCUGCAUUGAUAGAAGCUCUUAAAAAUGGCACCAUCAGAGCAGCUGGUCUAGACGUCAUGACUCCUGAGCCCAUACCUCUGGACAAUGAGCUAUUGAGCCUGGAUAAUUGCGUCAUUUUGCCGCACAUAGGAAGUGCCAGCUGUGAGACUCGAGAUGAAAUGGCUAGAGUUACUGCACUCAAUAUUCUGGCGGUAUUUGAAAAUGCACAAAUGCCAUUGCCCCUCGAUCUGUAGUUUAUAGCAACAAUUGACUUCGUUAUAAAUGAUUGGGUAUAGUUCGAGAUUGAAAAUCAAACUGUUGAACAUCACACAGUACCAGUCUAAUUUACUAUACAGUACUUUCCAUUGGUGCCACGGAUAAUAAUACUCAUAAUUAAACUCAAUGCACGGAAUUUCGAUAGUAAUAUAAUGCAUUAUACAUGGAAUAAAUUGAAACUUUUGCGGGCUGUAAAUUUGAG